AUGGCGGAGGUCGUCCCGAAAUUCACGCCCGGCCAGCCGCGCUACAGCCCCGAGACCUUCGGUGGCCGCCUGCGCAACAUCGCGAGCCAGCUGAACCCCUUCAUGCUCCUCAAGAGCGACGGCGACGUCGACGCGGCCAAGGCCCUGCUCCGGCGGCACGACGCCGGCGCCUCGAACGCCUCCGACGCCGAGCUCUGGGCCGCGCAGGAGCUCUGCGCCGCGCGCGUCCACCCCGACACGGGCGAGAACAUCCUCCUGCCGCUGUGCUUCGCGGCGUACGCGCCGAUGCAGCCGCCCAUCGUCCUGGGCAUGCUCUGGCCCGGCGGCGGCGCGCUGAACCAGGCCUUCUGGCAGUGCUACAACCAGUCCUACAACAGCGCCGUCUUCUUCGCGAACAAGAACAAGUCGUCGCCGGUGUCGGACGCGGACGCGGCGCUGUCGUUCGCCGGCUCCGUGGCCGCGUCCGUCGCGCUCGGCGUGGGCUGCACCAAGCUCGGCGCGUCCAUGACGCACCCCGUCUGGGGGCCGCGGGUCGCCGGCUGGGCGGGCUUCGCGGGCUGCGUGGGCGCGGGCUGGGCGUCGCUGCUCCUCAUGCGGCGCGACGAGCUCGCGAACGGCGUCAACGUCGUCGACGGCGACGGCGCGGUCCGCGGCCAGUCCCGGGUCGCGGCCCGCGAGGGCAUCGGCAAGUGCUGCGCGGCGCGCGUCGUCUGGAACAUCCCCGCCACCGGGAUCACGCCCGUCGCGCUCGCGGCCUGGCACGCGACGCCGCUCUGCGCGGCGCUGCCCUUCGCGCCGAAGAUGGCCGUGGACACGGCCAUCAUCACGUCCGGCAUCAUCGUCGGCGUCUACGGGGGCCAGGCGUUGUACGUGCAGCGCGCGUCCAUCGACGCGGCCGCGCUCGAGCCCGAGUUCCAAGGCCUGGCGGCGAAGGACGGGUCGCCCGUGACGUCCUUCACCUAUAACAAGGGCCUAUAG